GUUAAGGAAGUUGCCCAAAAUGAGGAAGCGCCGCGCGCUGGGCGGCUGAGGCGACUCCGGCGGCGAGAGAGCGAAGAGGAGCGGACGGCCCCGCGCUGCGCCCCGAGCUGUCCCCGCGGACGCACAGCCCGCCGACCCCGGAGUCCCGCGCCCCGCCCUCGCCACACCUGGCACAGGUGGACACCGUGCGCCCUGGCCCGUGACGGGGAGACUCAGGCAUGGCUGGAGGCACGGCCGAUGGCGCCAACCACCUGCCCUUCUUCUUUGGCAACAUCACCCGGGAGGAGGCAGAAGACUACCUGGUCCAGGGGGGCAUGAGCGAUGGGCUCUACCUGCUGCGCCAGAGCCGCAACUACCUGGGCGGCUUCGCCCUGUCAGUGGCGCACGGGAGGAAGGCGCACCACUACACCAUCGAGCGGGAGCUGAACGGGACCUACGCCAUCGCGGGCGGCAGGACGCACGGCAGCCCCGCCGAGCUCUGCCAGUACCACUCCCAGGAGUCGGAUGGCCUCGUCUGCCUCCUCACGAAGCCCUUCAACCGGCCACCCGGGGUGCAGCCCAAGACCGGACCCUUCGAGGACCUGAAGGAGAACCUCAUCAGGGAAUACGUGAAACAGACGUGGAACCUGCAGGGUCAAGCUCUGGAGCAGGCCAUUAUCAGCCAGAAACCUCAGCUGGAGAAGCUGAUCGCCACCACGGCCCACGAAAAAAUGCCCUGGUUCCACGGAAAAAUCUCUCGGGAUGAAUCAGAGCAAGUCGUCAUGAUAGGAUCCAAGACAAACGGGAAAUUUCUGAUCAGGGCCAGGGACAACAACGGGUCUUACGCCCUGUGCCUGCUGCACGAGGGGAAGGUGCUGCACUACCGAAUCGAUAAGGACAAAACGGGGAAGCUGUCCAUCCCGGAAGGAAAGAAGUUCGACACGCUCUGGCAGCUCGUCGAGCAUUAUUCUUAUAAAGCAGAUGGUUUGUUAAGAGUCCUUACAGUUCCAUGUCAAAAAAUUGGCGGGCAGACAGGAAAUAUUAAUUUUGGAGCUCGUCCACAGCUUCCAAGUUCCCAUCCUGCGACCUGGUCAGCGGGUGGAAUAAUCUCAAGAAUCAAAUCAUACUCCUUCCCAAAGCCUGGCCACAGAAAGAGCUCUUCAUCCCAAGGGAACCGCCCAGAGAGUUCCGCGACGUUCAACCCUUAUGAGCCCGAUAGAGGGCCCUCGGGCCCGGAAAGAGACACCCAGAGAGAAGCCAUGCCCAUGGACACCGAGGUGUAUGAAAGCCCCUAUGCGGACCCCGAGGAGAUCAGGCCCAAGGAGGUCUACCUGGAUCGAAAUCUGCUGACCCUGGAGGAAAACGAGCUGGGGUCUGGUAACUUUGGGACCGUGAAGAAGGGCUACUACCAGAUGAAAAAAGUCGUGAAAACAGUGGCUGUGAAAAUCCUGAAAAAUGAGGCCAAUGACCCCGCCCUUAAAGAUGAGUUAUUAAGAGAAGCUAAUGUGAUGCAGCAGCUUGACAAUCCUUACAUCGUGCGCAUGAUAGGGAUCUGCGAAGCCGAGUCCUGGAUGCUGGUUAUGGAGAUGGCGGAACUGGGUCCACUCAAUAAAUAUUUACAGCAGAACAGGCAUGUCAAGGAUAAGAACAUCAUAGAGCUGGUUCAUCAGGUUUCUAUGGGAAUGAAAUAUUUGGAGGAGAGCAAUUUUGUGCACAGAGAUCUGGCUGCAAGAAAUGUAUUGCUGGUUACUCAACAUUAUGCCAAGAUCAGUGAUUUUGGACUUUCCAAAGCACUUAGUGCUGAUGAAAGCUACUACAAGGCGCAGACCCAUGGGAAGUGGCCUGUGAAGUGGUACGCUCCAGAAUGCAUCAACUACUACAAGUUCUCCAGCAAGAGUGACGUCUGGAGCUUCGGAGUGUUGAUGUGGGAGGCGUUUUCCUAUGGGCAGAAGCCGUACCGGGGAAUGAAAGGAAGUGAAGUUUCCGCUAUGCUGGAGAAAGGAGAGAGGAUGGGGUGCCCGGCAGGGUGUCCAAGAGAGAUGUACGAGCUGAUGAAGCUGUGCUGGACGUACGAGGUGGAGAACAGGCCCGGGUUCGUCGCGGUGGAGCUGCGGCUGCGCAAUUACUACUACGAUGUGGUGAACUAAGGCUCCCACGCCUUCUGUGGCUGCCGUGGAACAGAUGAGCAGUCACAGGGAAACGGAUUCCAGUGCAUUGAUUCUAAGAGUCUCCAUCACCCUCUGUCCUGUGGAACAUGCCCCUGACUAUAUUCCCCAAAGCCUGUCCUGGAACACGCCCUCCCCAGAGCACACAGUCCCAGAAGAGCCUGGGAAGACAGAUGGACGGCCAACAGGGUCAAAGGACCCAUGGAUUCCUUUGUGUUCCUGCCUGUGUGGUUUUCAUGGCAGGUUAUUUUCAGGAUCUGUUUCCAAAUUCCCUUUCCGUCUCCCCAGUCCUCUGGCCCCUGGGCUGCAUUUGAAUGCCCAGCAGCCCGGAGGCAUCGCCCUCUGGUGUUGAGGGGUCUCAUCCAUCUGCGGGUGUUCAGUGGCCUGAGGGUGCAGUUGGCCCAUGAGCCUGCAGUGGAGGGAGGGAAGGGAGAGGAGAAGGGGCUUGGCGGCCUCCAGAAUAUGCUCUGACAGGCCGCAAGACUGUGCCCUGCCGCUGAAAAGCUUUCCCCACGGUAAAAGUGCUUCGAGGCUUAAAAAAAAUCAAGCUGGACCAGUGCAGUUUCUAAGUUGUAGCCUCUUAAGGAAAAACAGUCUGGAUUCUGCUUCUGCUCUGUGUGUUCCGAGACUGAAGACUCAUGCCUCCGUGAAACGUGGGGCCUGCUGGAAUGAAUCGCUUGGCUUGCUUUCCCUGAGAGCCUCUGUCCCGCAGACUCUCUGAAGACUGUACUUGAAUGGAGACCAGUAGUUAUGUUGUUCGUGGAGACCCAGAAGGGGGGGAUGUCUGUCAUCUCAAGUCUGAGUGAGGACAGACCGCAGGGUGCUGCGGGCUGUCGUCUCCUUAGUGUGGUCCACGCUUUCUCUCCCCUAGAGAGAGGAUGCGGCCAGAAUUCCCCGACUAUAUUCAUAGUGGGGGACAACCUGGUGGCCAAGGCCGUCUAAAGAUGAGUUUCUAAAGAAAGUAUGAAUUCCUAAUAAAUCCACAGACCCUGACCCUCACCACCAGUGGGCCUUCCUGAGUGUGACUCUGAGUUGAAGACACAAGACCUGAGAGUUCCUUUCUAGACCGCUGGUCUUAGUUAAUCCCUAAGUAAGGUCUGACCUUAUGCAGCCAUGGGCCCGUGGAUAUCAGUUUUGCUGUGGCCCUUGGAAGUUAGGACACUUAGCCCUCUGGUGGAUCUAACCAUGUCUCCACCAGGGUCUGGGCUCACUCCGUGUGGGUCAUCUCUGGUCCUUGUUUAGCAGGAACAGAAGGACAUCACAGACAGACUGCCCUGGCCAGCGCCAACUGACCGCUGAUGCCACAAACACUUGUCCCCCCGCAGGCCCAAAGGUUUCUGUAGCAGAAACAUAAUCCCGUCUGAGGCUAAAAUAAUGCCGUGUGUUUUUCGUUUGAGCGUGUCCUUCCUCUGCACUUGUUGUCACCAGCCCUGUUUUUAUUUGUUGGACAGUGACUUCUCAUUCACAGCAGCCCAAUGACCGCACCUCAUCUGGAUCUCCGCGGGCAGGGCUGACGCCGGGUGUUCAGGCCCCCCGCCACCCCAAGAACACACUCAACUGGUGAAGCAGUGUUCUCCAUCUGUCUCAGAGGAGCUACCUUUUGUCACUGGACUUUUUUCUAAACUGUGAUUUUUAAUAAAAAUUUAAAAUCAGCUUUGUGAUGAUUUUCAUGGACCUUGUUAGAAUUUGAUAAGUUACACCGUCAAAUAAACAAUGUUAAACAGCACUGUCAAAUGCACAA